UCAUCCUUGAGAUUUCUUCCACUUGAGGACCUCUUCUCCACCAGCCUUCCCUUCCUACCAUCUGAGUUUGAGAAGUUUGUCCAGAAGCGGUGCCAACUCACACGAGAUGAGCUGAUCCAAAAGAUAUCAACAAAGAGGAGACGUUGUUGGAGAAGGAACAGAGCCAGUUCCCAAUACUCCAAACUCUGAUAGCUGAAAAACAGCUCUGGACCUCAGCGCUGAACUUCCAAAUCAUGUCAAAUGAGUGGAUGUACGGUCCGUUUCUCAGCUUGGAUGCUGAGAAAAUCUCAUAUGAGCUGGAUGUCAUGUGGAGGACGAUGGACGAGCUGACUCAGACCUUCUCCAGUCUUCUAAAGCCUUGCAGUAUGGCCGAAAGCUUCAAAAGAAAGAUACACCAGUUUAAGGAGCACCUUCUUAUCCUGACCACCAUCUGCAACCCAGGAAUCAAAGCCCGUCACUGGGAGAAGAUUAGCAGCAUUUAGGCUGUGAUGUAAAACCGGAUGUGACCAGUUCACUGCUGAACAUGCUGGGGCUGGGGCUUUCAAAGUUCUCUGAUAAGUGAGACACUUUCAUGACAAUAUACCAUGCUGGAAUAUGUGUAAAGAGCCAAAUGAGUAUACUGU